AUGCGCCAUUAUUCUCCAUUUGUUCGUGGAAAGGUAAAGAAAUUUUUGAAAAAUAAAGAUUAUUUAUUUGGUAGUAGAUUAUACGCCAUUAUUAAAGAAAGAAGGAUUGAGAUUGAAAAUACACCAUUAGAACAUCAUGAUAUGUUGACGUCUUUUAUAACCGCGAGUACACUACGCGAUAUCAACGAUGUGAAAAGUGCCGACGCUGAUUUAUUAAGACCCAUGACUGAUAAAGAGAUUUUUGGGAAUAUACUCGACGCAAUAUCUGCAGGAACUGAUAGCACGUCGAAUUUAUUUUGCUUUAUUAUACCAAUAACAUAUAAAGAUCUUUGUGAAUUAGAAUAUUGCGAAGCAGUUAUUAAAGAAGUAUAUUGUCACUCUCCUACAGCAUUUUUUCUUGAUCGUAUGAAUGUUCAAAGUGAUAACGUUGGAGGAUACAAUUGGCCAGAAGGAACUCAAUUUCAGAUGCUUAUUUCAGCGCUAUUGAAACAUAAAGAUUAUUGUAAUGAACCUGAAAAAUUCGAUCCCUGA